AUGUCGGACAUUGCCUUGAACACCCGCGGUAGGAACCGCCAGAAUACAGGCGAAGCAACGGCCACAGGGCGCCGUUCACCUUCAGCUCCACCACGUACAACUCUACCAGAGCACCAAGAAGCGCAGGAUGCGCAGCAAGAACAACAGGACACAGAACAAUUGACGCUCCAUGAUGAGCUACUAGCUGCCAGUAUGGCAGAGCUACAAAGGCGCUUUGAUCAGCAAAGGGCUGAAGAUGUUGCGCAGCGCACAAAGGAUCAGGCUAAGAUCCAGGAACUGGGUUCCACUAUUCAGCGUAUGGAGCAGAUGCUGGCGCGAGCGCUAUCAGCACCUGCUUCCCAGCAGCAGCAACAAGAGGUAGAGGAACUACCCCAGCGUAUGAGAGCUACGAUCAGCCCCUAUACGCGCGAGAACACACGCGAGCCUGCCGCAGAAACGCCAGCUCGACUCCGUGUGGAAGACUUCCCAAAGUAUGAUGGAUCAUAUAAAGGCAAGCGUGACGUGGACACGUGGCUUGAACAGGUCACAGCUAUCUAUGAGUUCUCCGGUCAAACGGAGAGUCAGCUACUGAAGCUUAUUCCACGUCUGCUAGAGCACAGCGCACGCGAUUGGUUUGUUGGCCUGAAGGAUCAGCGCUAUGACUACCAUACGUGGGACGACUGGCAAGACGCCUUCCGCAAUGCGUUCAGAGCACCCAACUACUUGGAUCAGAUCCACAUGGAGCUCUCUCGACGCCGUCUGCGUCCAGAUGAACCGUUCUCCACAUACUUUCAGGACAAGCUCAAUCUCAUCAACAAGCGCUAUAGUAAUGGGCUAAAGACAUCGAUGAAGAUCCAAGAGAUCAUCAUGGGUAUGCCAAUCAGCAUGCACCCGUUCAUCCACUCGUCUGUCAAUGCCUCAACUACGUUGGAAGAGUUCCGUCGACUUAUCAUGAACCUUGAAGAUGGCCUGCGCGCCAAUGGCUUCAACAAUGCAACUUAUAAGAUGUAUCAGGGAUACCGUCAAGACACAGAGAGAGCACCGCUGCGCAAGGAGCGCUAUCAGCGCACUGAACCACGCUCGCAACAACCACCACGUCAGAACUACCAACAAAGGACCAGUGCUAGUCCGUCAUAUCACAACCAUCAGCCAAUUCAACCGCUACGCCAGCCAAGGCCAGGCCAGCAAACAUCAAGACUGCCUUGCUUCCGGUGCGGCAAGGAUGGACAUUGGGCAAAGGAUUGUCCAAGUCCUGAUAUGCGCCAAGGCCCUACAAGUAACAACGUCACCACCAAGCCUGUGGCAACCAAGUCAAAUGCUACGCAGCUGCCCUUCAACCGCUACCAGAAACCAUCUGUGGAAGACACUCCGGACGCAGAAGUAAAUGUCAUAGUCACGCGAUCUAAAACCAAAGCGUUCACGGAGUCUCUGCCACCAAUUCCUGACAAAGAGCUUGCAGUCCAAGACGUCUCAAGAUCGGCAGUCAGCACGCCGGAAUGCCCCUCCAGUGCCAAGCCAGUGACGCCACAUCCAAUGAAGCAUCUGCGCAUCACUAAGCCCUGGCACAAUCCAACUGCUGGUCUACCAUCAUACUCAGAGAAGACGCCUGCCACUGCUCGCGUCUGGUUCAAUGGUAAGAAGGCUAGUCAUCUUGCAUGCAUUGACUCCGGGUCUUCAAUCUCCCUCAUAGAUCAGGCUUAUCUAGAGGAACAUCUGCCGUCGCUGCAGCCCCAACCCUGUUCUGGAUUUAGCAUACGAGGCCUGGGAUCCGGCUCUCAGGUUUGGUCAUAUGUUGACAUCGACACAGGAUUCAUCUCAGACAACAGGCAGCUGCUUGUCAUCAGUCUGCGCUACUAUGUUAGUCCGUUCAACCACACCAAGGUCAUCAUUGGAAAUGAUGCGCUUCAUACAUAUGGUGCAACCAUUAACUUCCAGAAGGACCGCAUGAGCUUUGCGGAACACCCCAAUGAGCUGUUCCGUAUCUCGGCACAACAGCCAUCUGCCAAAGAUGCCGCAGGAAAGCCAAUGCGCGCUACAGAGAAAGAAUCUUACUAUGCUACCACGGAAAAGGCUGAUGUCAUGGAAUUCAAGAAGGCCCUUGAAGCAGCCAACGUCAAUCAGGAUCUGACGCCAGAACAAGCUCAACAGCUAGAAGAACUGCUUGUUGAGAAUCGCAAGGCAUUUGCCUACGGAGACCGACAAAUAGGGAGCACAGACAUCAUCAAGUUUGAUGUGGACACAGGCAACGCCACUCCCAUCAGCUAA